UCUCACUCCCAUUUGCAAAACAACACAGAAGUUUCUGGAUUCAUUGUUGUUAAGACCUGAGAGAGUUGAGAGAAAAAGAAAGAUCAAGUAUAAACAAAGUUUUUGAUUUCUUUAGGGUUCAUUUGACAGACAAGAUGUUGGAAGGAAAAGCACAUAUAGAAGACACAGACAUGCCAGUGAAGAUGCAGAUCCAAGCCAUGACUUCUGCUUCUCAUGCACUUGAUCUUUAUGAUGUCUUUGAUUGCAAAUCUAUUGCCUCUCAUAUCAAAAAGGAAUUUGACAAGAUAUAUGGGGAUGGAUGGCAAUGUGUAGUUGGAUCAAACUUUGGUUGUUAUUUCACUCAUUCUAAGGGGACUUUCAUAUAUUUUGCAUUGGAGACUCUCAAUUUUCUCAUUUUUAAAGGUUCUUCUUGAUCACUACUAUUGCAAUUGACAUGCCACUGCACUGUAAUAGCUCUUUUGGGUAGAUUACCCUAAACAAAGAAGAGAAGGAAAUUCAAGACAACCACAGGAUGUCUGUUGGAUUUUUUGUUUUUACCAAGCAACUUUUACUGCUGCUGUAGAAGAUUUUUAUUGGUUAAUUUUAUGGGGCUUUUCCUAUAUUGUUUUUGGCUUUUUUCUUUGUAAAUAUGAGAGUCUUUACUCUUUAAAAGUUGGUGGUGGUUGUGACUUUAGCUAUGUAGUAUCUCUAGCUAGUUUCUUCAGCUAUCUGUGGAAACUUUGUUCAUAAUGAAAUCUAUUGUUUCUGUUUGCUGUUCUGGUUCA